AUGGACCGUCUCUUCUCCUUGGGCAAGUCGAACACCACCCAACCCGAUAGAUCACCUAAAGAUGAGCACCGCGCUCUCCCUGCCCUCUGGUACCGUUCUCCGUCCCUCUUCUCUCUCGAGCGCCGCGCCAUCUUCUCCAAAAAAUGGAUAGUCAUCACCCACCAAGUCCGGUUCCAGAACGUAGGCGAAUACGUCAAAUAUGACAUCGCCGGGUACAGCGUAUUCGUCAUCAAGGAUCGCAAAGGCUGUCUGCGCGCGUUUCACAACGUCUGUCGCCAUCGUGCGUAUCCCGUUAUGGAGGCGGGUUGCGGAACGGCCCGUAUCAUCGCGUGCAAGUACCAUGGAUGGUCGUACGGUCUCGACGGACAGCUGGCCAAAGCACCCAAGUACCAGAAUUUGGAGGGGUUUGACAAGACUAUCAACGGCCUUUUCCCCAUCCACAUCCAUGUGGAUCGGCUUGGCUUCGUCUGGGUCAAUUUAGAGGCAUCCCCUAUGCCUACCACGCCAUGGGGAGAGGACUUUGUGGGCGUGGACGAGCAGCCCCGACUCCAGCACUUCGAUCUGUCUGAGUACCACUUUGAUCAUCAGUGGGAGAUGGUGGGGGAUUAUAACUGGAAGACUCUGGCAGAUAACUAUAAUGAGUGCUAUCACUGUCCCACCGGUCAUCCCGCCAUCAACGGCCUUUCCGACCUGAGCAAAUACUACGUCGUCACGGACCGGGGACUCAUUCAGCACUUCAACACCAACAAGGAGCAAACGUCGGAUUUCGACAUUAACAGUUCGUUUUACUUUCCGAACGCGUCGAUCACCAUCUCAUCUACCUUCUUCUACCUGAUGCGCUGCGUCCCCGUCUCGUCCUCCCGAACGAAAAUGGAGUAUGAGGUAUUCCGAUAUAAGGGCGCCUCUGAUGAGGCCUUUACCAGUAUUUCUGAGCUAUUCAAGCAGGUCCUGCGCGAGGACAAGGAUCUGUGCAAUGCGGCGCAGAUGAACCUCAACGCGGGCAUUUUCACUAAUGGGGUGUUACAUCCUCAGGCGGAGAAGGGACCGCUAUACUUCCAGCAAGUGGUGAGGAAGUUGCUCUUCGAGCAUCGACAGGAGGAAGAGAAGGCAGGGAAGGAAAUCUGGCCGGCUGUGCCUGAGCAUGUUGCUACUGAUAAAGUGGAGGAGGAGCUAGAAUUCUGUCGGAGCUUAGAUUGCUCUUCUGCGGGGAGUUCUUUGGAUUGGUGA